CGUUCAUCGACACACCGCUAAGCCGAAAUUAUAAUUAUUAUCGCGUUAACGGCGCCGUGCAUCGCGUGUAUCCACUGCAAGUGAAUAUUAUUCGGCAUUCUUCUUUCCGACAUAGUUCAAGUGGAUUUUCAAACUGUUUUGAUGUCUUUGUGCUACAUAGUUGGACUUCGCUGGAACAAAAUGAGCAGCAACGACGGAGUGACCGAAGACGGCGAUUUUGCCGAUUACACGUGCCGAACCGCGGGCGCAGGCUGUUCUGCGUUUACACUGUCCGACCAGCUACAGGCCCGGUCGGCGGCCGUCGGUGGUAGUGUCCUAGCGGACCGUAGCAGUCGCGGUGAGGGCAAGGCUUCUGAUCGCGCACUGCUUCGGGUCGCGCCGGUCGUUUUCGGCGGCCAAGGGCAAGUGGCACUGGCGAGUCGGUGCGCGGCCACGGUUCAUCGGGCAAAGCGAAAAAACGAUCGGAUUCGAGGACUUGGAGUGGCCGGACGGGUUCGAGCACUACUACAAUGACGUGGAAAUACGUACGCCGCCGCUACAAGCGUCUAUGGUGAAUAGUGGCCACGGCGCUGGCCUCUAUCAUCACCACCAUCACCACCACCACUAUCACCACUGCCACAGCGACCGCGGCGUGAAGCACCGCCGCAGUCAUCACACGGACAACACGUCCUACUACCACCAGCCGCAGCCGUCGUCCCGAUCGCUGUACAGGCGCGUGUUCAACUUCAUCAGACAAGCGUGGACCGGCGUCAAGUUCGCCUUAGAUUCCGAACUAGAUGACUUGGAAACACCAGCCAGAUAUAGACCGGAGAGCGUACAAUAUUUCUGUCGGACGACGGGUUUCACGGAAUCGGAAAUCAAAAAAAUUUACCGCAACUUCAAGACGGAAUGCCCGACGGGUCUUAUUAAAGAGGACACGUUUCGUGGCUUUUACUCGCAAUUCUUCCCCCAAGGAGCGAACACCAGUCAAUACGCUCACUACGUUUUUCAAUCACUCGACCACGAGAGAAACGGUAUUCUAAAUUUUGAGGACAUGGUACAGGGACUGUGGACGCUGUCCAGGGGUUCGGUGGACGAGAAACUUCGGUGGGCCUUUAACCUGUACGACCUGGACGGCGAUGGGCACAUAUGUCGGGACGAGAUGACCCGAGUGGUGACGGCCGUGUACGAGCUGAUGGGUAAAUUGGCCGAACCGUGGCUCAGGGACGGGACGGCGGUAGCGGCUCACGUGGACUUUGUGUUCCAGAAAAUGGAUCUGAACCGUGACGGCGUGGUAUCGUUCGAAGAGUUCAUGGAGAGUUGCAAAAGUGACGAGAACAUAACGCGCGCAAUGAUCUCAAUGUAAUCGCGAACCUUUGCAAAUAUACAGCUGUAGUUGUCGAUUAGUGUUUGGUUGGCCAAAUUUUCGAAGAAGAAUCGUUACCGUAAGACCAAUAAAACAAACAACAAAUAAUUCUAUACCAUCCAAUGACGUCCCGAUCAGAUUUAUUGGUUUUUUAUUAUAUGUUUUUGUACACAAACCGAUUUUGACAUCCCUCGACGAUUUAUUCUAUUAUUAUUGAAAUAUGUGUUUUUUAUUACAUUUAAAACGAAAUCGCUUUAUCCUUAAACGCGUUAAACCGACAAAAUUGACGUUUCAAUACGUACCAUUGUGUUUUGCCUCCAAUAAAAAAAAAAAAAAUAUCCUGAACAGUUACAACA